ACCUGAAUGUACAAUAUUUCACGUAUAUACAUGUAUAACAAACGCUUGACACGUUAGUCUACAUGAAUUACUUGCGAUCAUUAAAACCCUGGAUAUUAUUUUUAGAGGAAUUUUGACAUGUUCAUCAAAAUAUCAAAUUAUAGAUGUAUCGGAAGUUUAGGAAUUAAAAUGGAACAGCAAGUGCCACGCGAGAAAUCGACAUUUUAAUUGCAUGAAAAUUGGCUUGUCUGUGUUAACACCAUUCAGCGGUCAUCGAUUUUUUUUUCAUCAUUAAUUUAUUUGCUCAAUCAGUCUCUGAUAAUUUUCAGAUGAUAAUCGUUUUCAUUUACUGACACUUCGACGGAAAAUUGGCCUGUGUGAAAUUCAAAUUGCUUUGAAAGUUCAAACUGGAUUAUUGUUGAGAAGGUAUAGAAAUUUGAAUUAUGGAGAUCAAAUUGUUACCUUUGUUUUCUACUCUAAGCCUCAUACAGGUUCUGGUCGGUGUAACCCAUGGAGCGGAGUGCAUUGGACUUAGCGCGGACGUCGUGUGUGAGUGUGAUGGAUAUGGACGUUGUAAGAAAGGAACUCUUGAGAUCGACCCGUGGAUGCAGUUUGCUCUUAAAACUCAGCGAGAAAUCCAGAUUGAUAUUCCAGUAGACCGGAUGCAAAUCUUCGAUGCUCACAAUGCAUACAACAAUCGAGCUUAUGGACUCGCUUAUGGAGCCAAUGAUACAUGUCAAUGGCCGCCUCCAUAUGAUAAUGUAUGCUUGGGAUUGGCCAAUCAUGAAUUCAGUAUCAUCGACAUGCUGAACAUGGGAGUUAGAGCUGUUGAAAUAGACAACUGGUACUGCGAUGGAGAGAUGCGGAUUGCUCAUUUAGGAACACCGCUUGCCAUUGGCUGCGGAGAGUUCAACGUUCUCUUUUCUGACGUCAUAGCAGACAUUGGCCAGUGGAUGCAAGAACCUGGAAAUGAGAAUGAGUUCAUUCAAAUCUAUAUCAAUGAAAAAUAUGACCAGGGAAAUGAUGCUGAAGUCAAUGGUCCAAUGGAACGUUAUUUUGGCCAUGAUGCCAUCCUGAGUCCUGCUGACCUGAGAAAUACUUACAACGGAGUUUGGCCAACACUCAGACGGAUGAGAGAGGAUGGUAAGCGUGUAGUAGUAGUAAGCGGAGGUGACACAUUACACCAAGGUAAAUACAUCCAUGUGAAGGGAUGCGACGGGUCAGGAUCAAAUCAGUUCACAAAUUAUCCACAGUGUGGUGGCAAAACGGAAACCAACUGCAAGAGAUUUCGCGGUGAUGCCACCCAUUACGUAUUCAAUGUCAUCUACGACGGGCCCACUGCGACCGGUGCCAUCACCGAUCUGAGUGAGAUGGUGAAAUGCCGCAUCAAUCUCCCAGCUACAGACAUGGUCACCCCACAGCUCAUGAAGACUGCGGUCUAUACGUGGGCCUAUGGAGAACCAUCAAUACCGCUCGAUGAAGAUUCUUGCGUGAUGCUUAACCAUGAAGACUUUCGUUGGUAUACGUCUGCAGAUUGCGACCAAUCUUUAAGCUACGCGUGUCAAAGUUCAACCGACCCAAAUGACUGGAUGGUGAGCGAAUCAACGGGUCCUUAUGACGUCACUCGAGAACUGUGCCCCAUUGGCUACAAGUUUAGCGUGCCACAUAAUGGAUUUCGACAAGAGAAGCUAAAAGAAGUCAUGAAUGGUGCUUCAGUGUGGCUGAACUUCACGCCUUGGCUAACGGGCGACUUCCCCAUCACAGAAACUCCUCCAACCGACCCCACCUUCAACUCGGCAAACAUCAUCAAACCCACCUGGACAAAAUAUUUAGUCUUAUUUCUUAUCUUAUUACUUGGCUUUAUGAAUUACUAAUAAAAGCAGCGUCAGUCUGAAACGUCAGUUGAGUUAGCAAAAUUGUAAUAAUGUCAUCUAUUUUAUGUAAAACAGGGAAAACCUCUUGGAGAGUUUUGCAUUUACUUCUAAAAAAAAAAAAAAAACGAAAAACGUCAUGUGCAUAAUUGGCUUUGAGACCUGCAUUCAAUAGGCCUAUUUCAGAAUUUAUAUAUGCUGGUUUUGUAGACUCUCAUAAUUUUUCAACCAAGCUGAAAAGUUGGUUCAAAAUAUAACAACUGUUGCUAGAUAAAUUAAUCUCGAUUCAUUUUGCAUAAAAAUUUGCUUUAACCAACAGCUGAUAGGUUCAUAUUAUUAACAACUUAUGCGUUGGUUAGUAAAAUUCAGAGGGAGUACAUUUUUUUGUUAAGGGCAAUUCCAUAAAAUAAGCAGCCUUUUUGUACAUUCGAGCCUCCCUUUUUUCUUCAGUUUUACUUCAUUUCAUAAACUGACCAAGUCAUCGUCAUUUGACAGCAUUACAGACUGUCAUAAGAACCAGAAAUCAGAGACAGAAAAUUUCAUGAAGGUCUCGCAUACAUGGGAUCGGGAGUACAUAUUUUAUGGAAUUGCUCUUAAGCUAAGAUAAUAACCACACACAUUUCUUCAUUUUUCUAACUACUGGAUUUAAAAACCAACGCUAAACAUUCAAAUCAAGUAAUAUACAUUAUUUCAAAUUCAUUUCAUGUUUAUAGUAUAUUGAUUUGUAAACAAAAAACAUUUUAAGUAACUGGACUAUUAAACUUGAUUUGAAAUGACUUAAAAUAAAAUAAAAUGGAAAAAAAAGUAAAUUAUGCUGCCCAAAGUAAAACUAAAUAUUUGUGUAACUUUACUGUAUUUUUAUCCGGUCGCGUCAAGAUUUGUCUUCAUGUUUUAAUUCACAGACGUAUAUUUCCUGGAAUUAAGAUGAUAAUACCGCCAUAAGCAAGAAAACCAAGUUGAUCAAAACUCUUAAGCAUGUUUGUUUGCAUCUGGUGGUGAGCCUUAAAAAAACAAUAUCUCUAAUAUCAUAAAACCUUGCACAUUAUUUUACGAGGAUUCCUCUCAUUCUUGUUUGGGGGAAAAUUAAUUUUCCAGUGAUAUCGCAUUCGAAUGAUGAUCAAAUCAUUUAAAUUAAAUAUUAGAAAUUUGAUUGGAA